AUGCCGCCGGACACCGGCGGCAGCGGUUCUUCUUACCCAACCACCCUGGUUAGCAAUCCAUCCAAAGAUGUCCAGAUUGUGGCAGUAGGAGACCAGCGACUGGACGACCUGCACGACCGCACCAACGAUGCCGCGCGCCAGCCGUCGUACCGCCAGGCGGUAGCCGAAGUAGAAGAGGGAGAUUAUCUGACCCCAGUUGGUGGGGCGACGGGUGAAGAAACUGAAAAAAAGGAAGAAAAAGCAGGGCGUCAAAAAAACCGGUUUGGUGGACAGACAAAGGGCGUGGUCACACCCACACACCUACACAAACAAAAACAUUAG